AUGGCCCUCCCAGAACGAGACCUCACAACCUCCCCCUCCACAACCUACGAUCCCGCCCGCGACAUCCCGCAACCCCACCCCUUUCCUCCACCUCCCCCUCCACCCAAUCCCACAACAACACCUUCUCCCCACCUCCCCUCCCUCGCCCCCGACUCCCUCGGCCGACCCUGGUGGAAAUCCAUAAUCAGCUACCAAAUCUGGCCCAUGUCCUUCCAAGACUCCAACGGCGACGGCAUCGGCGACAUCCGGGGCAUCAUCUCCCGCCUCGACUACCUCCAAAACCUCGGGAUUGACUGCAUCUGGUUGAGUCCCACCUAUCAGUCGCCAAUGGAAGACUGGGGCUACGACAUUUCCGAUUACGGCGCCAUCCACGAUCAAUUCGGCACGCUCGCCGAUAUGGAGGAUUUGAUAAGAGAGGUGCAUGAGAGGGGGAUGUAUAUCCUUCUUGAUCUGGUGAUUACGCAUACGAGUGAUCGACAUGCCUGGUUUCGGGAGAGUUGUUCGUCGAGGACGAAUGGGAAGGCGGAUUGGUAUACUUGGGCGGAUCAACGGCCGAACCAUGAGAUUGAUGGGCAGGUUGUGGAGGAGCCGACGAAUUGGCGCGCGGCGUUUGGAGGGAGUGCGUGGACGUGGGUUCCUGCGAGGGAGCAGUAUUAUAUUCAUUUGUUUUUGGAGAGUCAGCCGGAUUUGAAUUGGGAGUGUGAGGGGAUGAGGGAGGCGGUUUAUGAGAGUGCGGUGAAGUUUUGGUUGGAGAGGGGGGUUGAUGGGUUUCGACUCGAUACCGCGAACCGGUUUUGCAAGGACAUGUCGCUUCCGGAUGCGGAGGUCAAGGUCGAGGGAAAGUGGCAGCCUGGAUCGAAGUAUUACAUCAACGGCCCGAAGAUGCACGAAUGGCUCAAGGAGCUCCGUACCAAGAUCGCCGCAGACACCAACGACCGAGACAUCAUGCUCGUCGGCGAGCUACCCCUGACUCCGUAUGAGGAGCUUCUCCGCUAUGUUCGACCAGCGGAGAAGGAGUUGAGCAUGGUCUUCGACUUUGAUGUCGUCAAGCUCGGUAACAACGACAACCCUGACGAAUUCGCGAAGCACGAGGUCAGCAACUUCAGCGACAAGGAUGAGAGUUAUACACUUCCCAAGUUCAAGACCGCUGUCCAAAAGGUGCAGAACCUGAUGACCGAUACUGACGCCUGGGGUACGGUGUUCAUGGAGAACCACGACCAACCUCGCUCCAUCGCUCGAUACGCAACUCCCGAGCCGAAACACUGGCGCGCAGCCGGCAAACUCCUCUGCCUACUCCAGACGACUCUCUCCGGCACGCAAUUCAUCUUCCAAGGCCAAGAAGCCGGUAUGCUCAACAUGCCCACCAACUGGAAGGAGUCCGAGUUCCGCGAUCCCGACGCAAUUAUCUACAUCCGAGACUACUGCGACAUGCACCACAAGACCGACCACCGCGCGAAUCAGAAAGCAAUGGAAGGUGUGUUCAAAGUCGGCCGCGACAACUCCCGUACUCCCGUCCAAUGGGACGAUGGCCCGAACGGCGGUUUCACGGGCUCCAAUCCCAGCUGGAUGUCCGUGAACCCGAAUUACCACUGGCUGAACAUCAAAGCUCAGCAAGAUGAGCCGGACAGUAUCUGGACCUUUUGGAAGCAGCGCAUCGCUAUGCGGAAAGAGCAUAAAGAGCUGUUCAUGUUCGGCACGUUUGCAGUGUACGAUUAUGAGAACCGCCAGACGUUCACGUAUACCAAGAUGGCGGCGGAUGGUCAGACGGCGCUGGUCAUGUUGAAUUUCUCGGAUGAGGAAGUUCCGUUGAGUACGGUGCAGAGGCAUUUGCUUGGGCAUGAGUAUCGACUGUUGGCGAGUAAUGGUGGGCAACUGAAGGAGGGGUUGAGGCCGUGGGAGGGGAGAGUGUAUAUCAUCCGGGAAGGGUUGAAGGCGGAGAUGGAUGCGACGAGUGUGGUGAGUGAGCUGCAGGAUCGUGAGGGCAGUCAUGGUCGUGGGGAUGGGCGGGAGUUCUGCGAUCCUGCUUGGUCUGGUCUUGAUAUGUGA